UCCUUGGUCUUCCCCUUGAUUCCACGUUACAGCUCUUCCUUUGGAGUCCACACAAGCCAGCCCUCCCGGUAGUCGGUUCCCAGUGUUUCCCAUGGCAGCUUCGGAAGGACGCCAGGCGAGGGGCAUCAGGGGUAUAUAGAAGCACAGAGACUCCGUGCUGUGCCCUUCCCCGCCCCUGAGAGCCGCCUCCAGGUUCCCCAUGGCUCCUCUGGUCUGGGCGCUGCUGCUGCUACUGGGGGCUGCCCAGGACCCGGGCCACCUGUCUGCCUCCGAAGGCCCAAAGAGGCAGGAGUCGCUGGAAUGGAAGGUGAUCUCUCAAGGUUCCAAGCACAACCCUGUUCUCACUCAGUGUGACUUUGAGGAUGAUUCCAGGCCUCUCUGCGACUGGUCCCAAGUAUCUGCAGAUGAUGGGGAUUGGACUCGGGCCAGUGGGCCCUCCCCAGUUGGCACCAUUGGACCCACUGGAGGGUACCCUGAUGGAGAUGGCUACUACCUGCACAUGGACUUUAACAACUUCCGCCGAGGCGGGGUGGCCCGCCUGCGCAGCCCCGACCUAUGGGAGCAAGGGCCGCUGUGUGUGCACUUCGCCUACCACAUGUUCGGGCAGUCGUGGGGGGCGCAGCUACGGUUGCUGCUGCUCAGCGGCACGCAGGGCAAGCGCCCCAGUGUGCUCUGGAAGCACACCAACACAGAGAGCCCCUCCUGGAUGCCCACCACCGUCACCAUGCCUGCAGAGCUUGCCCAGCCCAGCCGGAUCAUGUUCGAGGCCACCCGGGGCACCACCACUUACCUAGACAUCGCUCUGGACGCCCUCUCCAUCAAGCGGGGCACCUGCAAUCACAUCUGCAUGAUGCAAAUAUGCAACUUCGACAUACUCAAUGAUCUCUGUGGCUGGAGCUGGGUGCCUACCACCUCUGGGGCCAAAUGGACCCAGAAGACAGGGAACUCAGGGGUGCCAGGUGUGGGGCCUCAGGACGACUACUCCAGCCCAGGCAAUGGCUUCUACAUGCUGCUGGACCCCAAGAAUGCAAAGCCGGGGCAGAAGUCCGUCCUCCUGAGUCCCCUGAGCCAGUCGGCCGGCUGCCUCACCCUAUCCUUUCACUAUGUCCUCUGGGGCCAGUCACCAGGCGUCGGGCUCACCGUCCUGGCCAAAGUCAUGGGAAGCAUCCGGAAACACACUCUGUUCACAGCCGAACCUGACCCCAGCUGGCAGUUCGUGUCUGUCAAUUAUUCAGGCCCUGGACAGAUACAGUUCACCGUGGUGGGCAUGUUUGGAAAUGUCCCCGAGCCAGCUGUGGCGGUGGAUGCUGUCAGCAUCGCUCCCUGUGGGGAGAGCUUUCCCCAGUGUAACUUUGAGGAUGAGGCCCACCCCUUCUGUGACUGGCUGCAAUCAUCCGAGGACAGCGGGCACUGGACCUGGGCAAGCAAAGAUCUGCUCAUCCAGGACAGAAACUUCAUGAGAGACUCUCCUUACGCAGCACACCACUACAUCUACAUGGAAGCUGACUCCUUCUCCCGGCCGGGGCAGUCCGUGCAGCUGGUGAGCCGGCCCUUCUGUGCACCGGGUGACGUCUGUGUGGAGUUCAGUUACCACAUGUAUGGCCUGGGCAAGGGCACUGCACUCCAGCUCCUGUUAGGGAGUCCUGCAGGCAGCACCCCAGUUUCUCUUUGGAACCGCGUGGGGUCACAGAGUCCUGACUGGCACAACGCCUCUGUCACCAUCCCUUCGGGACAUCAGCAGCCCAUGCAGCUGGUUUUUGAGGCUAUCAGGGGGACUAACACAGCCUUCGUCGUGGCUAUGAGUUCCAUCUCGAUCAACCAUGGGACCUGCCAAGCACCUGGACCAGCAGUGACUCCUACCUAUCCUUCAUUUGUCCACGUUGUGCCUCUUGAAGGGGUCACCAAACCAACAGAAUCACCCACGGUUCCUACAGAACCUCCCACUGUUCCCACAGAACAACCUACUACCCCCACACAACCACCUACUGUCCCCACAGAACUACCCAAGGUCCCCACAGAACCUCCCACUGUCCCCACAGAACCGCCCAUUUUCCCCACAGAACAACCCACUGUCCCCACAGAACAACCCACUGUCCCCACGGAACAACCCACUGUCCCCACAGAACAGCCCACCGUCCCCACAGAACAACCCACUGUCCCCACAGAACAACCCGCUAUCCCCACAGAACCGCCCAUUUUCCCCACAGAACAACGCACUGUCCUCACAGAACAACCCACUGUCCCUACAGAACCACCCACUGUCCCCACAGAACAGCCCACUGUCCCCAUAGAACAACCCACUAUCCCCACAGAACCGCCCAUUUUCCCCACAGAACAACCCACUGUCCCCACAGAACAACCCACUGUCCCCACAGAACCACCCACUGUCCCCACAGAACAACCCACCAUCCCCACAGAACAACCCACCGUCCCCACAGAACAACCCACUAUCCCCACAGAACCGCCCAUUUUCCCCACAGAACCACCCACUGUCCCCACAGAACAACCCACUGUCCCCACUGAAGAGACUACUGUUGCCACAGAACCACCCACACCCCCUAUGACCGCCAGCUCCACCCUCACAUCACUUGAAUCAACUGUCUUGGUGACAUCUCCACAAACUCCAAGUACUAUAGUGAGUUGCCCCCUCAAUACCCACUACGAGUCCUGCGCCUGCCUUGCGUCCUGCGAGCAUCCCCAGCCCAGCUGCCAGUCGCCCUGCCGGCCGGGCUGUGUCUGCGACCCUGGCCUCGUGUUUAGUCGCAACAGCUGCAUCAACGCCUCUUCCUGCCAGUGUGUGUACAACAACAAUGAAUACGAGCCUGGGGCAGAGUGGUUCAGCCCCAAUUGCACAGAGCGUUGCCGCUGCUGGCCUAGCAGCCGUGUUGAAUGCCAGAUCUCUCAGUGCAAGACGCACACCAAGUGUCAGCUGAAGGAUGGCCAGUACGGAUGCUACCCCUACGGCACGGCCACCUGUUUUGUCUACGGAGAUCCCCACUAUGUCACUUUUGAUGGGAGGCCCUUCGGCUUCAUGGGCACAUGCACUUACAUCUUGGUCCAACCCUGCAACAACUCAACAGAUACCUUCUUCAGAGUGACGGCAAAGAAUGAGGAACGUGGCCAGGAGGGCAUGGCCUGCCUGAGCAGGGUUGACGUGACCCUGCCAGAGACCACCAUCACCUUGCUUAAGGGCAGACACACGCUGGUGGGGGGCCAGCGGGUCACUCUCCCAGCCAUGCCCUCCAGGAGUGUCUUCCUGGGUCUGAGUGGACGGUUUGUGGAGCUACAGACGGCUUUUGGUUUGCGGCUCAGGUGGGAUGGAGACAGCGAGCUCUUUGUGACCGUGUCCAGCACCUACUUCCAGAAACUGUGUGGCUUGUGUGGAAACUAUGAUGGCAAUGACAGCAACGACAACCUGAAGCCGGACGGGCAAGCAGCCCGCAGUGAGGAGGAGCUGGGCAGCAGCUGGCAGACAGCCCUGCAAAGGGACAAGGAAUGCCGGAAGAACCAGGCAGAGCCCCCGUCCUGUGACAAUGCCCUGGAGACCAAGAUGUCCGGGCCGCAGUUCUGUGGCCAACUUGUCGACUCCCGCGGAUUGUUUGAGAUGUGCCUGCUUCACCUGAAGGCCCCGUUCUUCUUUGACAACUGCGUGUUCGACCUGUGCAACUUCCAGGGCCUGCAGCUGAUGCUGUGUGCCCACCUUUCAACUCUGACCGCCACCUGCCAGGAUGCCGGCUACGCUGUGAAGCCCUGGAGGGAGCCCCAGUUCUGCCCGCUGGCCUGCCCACCCAACAGCAGAUACUCCCUUUGUACCACACCAUGCCCCAAAACCUGCCACUCGGGGUACACAGGCAUGUCCUGCCCAAAGCGCUGUGUGGAAGGCUGCGAAUGCAACCCUGGCUUCAUCCUCAGUGGCUUGGAGUGUGUGCCCGAGUCCCAGUGUGGGUGUCUUGACCCCUCCAUGGGGUACUUCAAGCAAGGGGAGCGGUGGUACAAGUCCGACUGCAAGCAGCUUUGCGUCUGUGAGAGCAACAACAAGUUCCACUGCCAGCCCUGGAAGUGCGGGGCCCAGGAGGAGUGCGGCCUGCGGAACGGCAUCUAUGGCUGUCACGCACAAGGAACCUCCACCUGCACUGUCUCGGGCGACCCGCAUUACCUGACCUUCGAUGGAGCUGUGCACCACUUCAUGGGCACCUGCAACUAUGUGCUGGCCCAGCCCUGCAGGUACAAGCCUCGGGAGAUUGCUUUCGUCGUGAGCGCCACCAACGAGAACCGCGGCGGCAAUAUGGAGGUCUCCUACGUCAGGGCCGUCCACUUGCGGGUCUUUGACCUCAAGAUCUCGCUGGUCAAAGGCCGCAAGGUUGUGCUGAAUGGCCGUCAGGUGGCCCUGCCCGUGUGGCCCUCUCGGGGCCAGGUGAUCAUCAGGCCUAGUGGCAACUUCAUCCUCCUCUACACCAGCUUUGGCCUUCAGAUCCGCUAUGAUGGGAACCACCUGGUACAGGUGACUGUGCCCUCCUCCUAUGCCGGCCGCCUCUGUGGGCUGUGUGGCAACUACAACAACAACAGCUUGGAUGACAACCUGCGCCCAAACCAGAGGCCUGCUAGCAACUCGCUGCAGUUGGGGGCUGCCUGGAAGCUGGAGGAGGGCUCUGAACCUGGCUGCUUCAUCGCGGGCGGCAAGCCCUCCAGCUGCAAGGGGACCGACAUGGGUGACACGUGGAACAAGAAUUGUGAGGUGCUCAGGAACCCUGUAGGGCCCUUCUCUCAGUGCCACUCGGUGGUGUCUCCGGAGACCAGCUUCACCAGCUGCGUGCAUGGCCAGUGUGGCACCAGGGGCGACAGCCUGACCCUGUGUCGCUCCCUGCAGGCCUAUGCGGCCCUGUGUGCCCAGGCCGGCCAGCCCCCUGGCUGGAGGAACAGCACAUUCUGCCCUCUGAAGUGCCCGCCCAACAGCAGCUACAACCCCUGCAGCACCCCCUGCCCAGCCACCUGCCUCAGCUUGAAUGUCCCCAAGGACUGCCCUGUCACACUGACCUGUACUGAGGGCUGUGAAUGCCAGAAAGGCCACGUUCUGAGUGGAACCUCCUGUGUGCCUCUCAGAGAAUGUGGCUGCACGGACACGGAUGGCUCCUACCACUCGGUUGGGGAGAGCUGGUACACAGACAACACCUGCACCAAGCUGUGCACCUGCUCCCUCCUCAACAACAUCACCUGCCAGCCAACCACCUGCAAAGCUGGCGAGCAGUGCUGGCCAGUGGAUGGGCUCCUGCGUUGCCGGGCUUCUGGCAUGGGUGUGUGCCGGAUCUCAGAGCCAUCCCAGUACAUCGGCUUCGAUGGCAUCAGCCACCCGCUUCAGGGUACCUGUACCUAUGUCAUGGCCCAAGUGUGUCACCCCAACAUGGACCUGCCAUUCUUCAAGGUCAGUGCCAAGAAUGAGAAGUUGGAAGGCAGGUCCAACACUGUCUACCUUCGCCAGGUUUACAUAGAUAUCUCCAGUUCCCUGAUCACCCUGCAGAAGGGCAACAGUGUGUUGAUCAACGGCAACCAGGUCCGCCUGCCUGCCACCACCCAGAUUCCGGGGGUCAGCAUCACCUCGAGCAGCACCCACACCACGGUCAGCCUGAAGAUCGGAGCCCAGAUCAAGUUUGACGGCCGUCGCAGCUUAGAGAUCAUAAUCCCCGCAGCCUACUAUGAAAAGAUGUGCGGCAUCUGUGGAAACUACAAUGGGGAGCCGGAGGACGAACUACUGAUGCCCAGUGAUGAGCUAGCCGACAACGACCUCGAAUUUGUGAAGAGUUGGAAAGAUAACGACAUUGACCGAGAUUGCCAGAAGAUCCAAGAAGAGAAGAGGAAGCCCCCGGUGAUACAGCAGGCGAGCGAGUCCAGCCAGCAGGGCAAGUGCAGGCCAGCUGACUUCCAGAAGGCGCAGGAGCAAUGCCAGGCAGCCCUGUAUGGCCCUGGCUGGGCAGAGUGUGCCACUCAUGUGGACCCCAAACCCCUGGUGCUGGGCUGCAGCAACAACCUCUGCCAGCUGGGCGGCCUCCUCCGUCCUCUCUGCGAGGCCCUGAAAGCCUUUGGGACUAUGUGCCAGGACAAGGGGCUCAAGCCCCCACUCUGGAGGAACAACACCUUCUGCCCUCUGGAAUGUUCCGCCUUCAGCACGUAUACCAACUGUCUUCCCACCUGCUCACCUUCCUGCUGGGACCUGGACGGCCACUGUGAGGAGGGCACCCAAGUCCCUUCCACCUGCGCCGAGGGCUGCAUUUGCCAGCCUGGCUAUGUGCUGAGUGAGGACAAAUGUGUGCCCAGGAGUCAGUGCAGCUGCAAGGACACCGAGGGCGGCUUCAUCCCUUCGGGCAAGAGCUGGAUGUCCAAGAACUGCGACCAGAAGUGUACCUGCAAAGGCGGCGUCAUUCACUGUCAUGCCUUCCACUGCCCUGCAAGGUCCCAAUGCCAGCUCAACUCCAACAGUGACAGCUACUGUGCACCUGACAAGUCAGAUCAAUGCUCAAUCUUUGGGGACCCACAUUACCGCACUUUCGACGGCGCAAACUACAUCUUCCAGGGUCAUAUGACCUAUGUUCUGGUGAAGACGGUGGACACGCUUCCUGACGGGGUGGAGCCCCUGCUUGUGGAGGGGCGCAACAAGGUGUUUGUGUCCCACUCCAAGGUCUUCGUACGUGAGAUCACCACCUUCAUCUAUGGCUAUAAAGUCCAGCUCCAGGACGAUCUGCUGCUUGUGGUGAACAACCAGAAGAUGGCAGUCCCCUACCGGCCUGAGGAGCGGCUGCGGGUCACCCUGAGGGGCCAGACGCUCUAUCUGAUCACUGACUUCGAGAUGGUGAUCAGCCUCAACGAGAAGAACAAUGCAGUGAUCACCCUACCCAGCAUGUACCAGGGACUGGUGCGCGGCCUGUGCGGGAACUAUGACCAGAACCGCAAGAAUGAGCUUAUGCUCCCCAGCGGCGCCCUCACCACCAACAUCAAUGUAUUUGGCAACAGCUGGGAGUUGAGACUGGAUGACUUGCAGCCCCUCUUCCGCUCCCCCAGGGCCCUGCGAGAGGAUGCCCAGGGAGAAGAGAAAGAGCCAGACUCUCCUGAGCCGGAAUGCAGCCAGGAACAGCUGAUGCUUGCCAACAACACCCAGACCUGUGGGGUGCUGAUAGACCCCCAGGGCCCCUUUGCUGCAUGUCACCAGACUGUGGACCCCAAGGCCUUCCACAAGCACUGCUUGUUGGAUCUGUGUGUCACCCAGGACCCAAAAGUGCAUGAGGAACUGCGCUGCCGAAUCCUGGGUGGCUACGGCAUUCUCUGCCAGGAGAUGGGCAUUGCCCUGGCAGGCUGGCGCGACCACACCCACUGCGCCAUGGUGUGUCCAGCCAACACCGUGUACCAGAGCUGCAUGACACCCUGCCCUGCAUCCUGUGCCAAGCUGUUGGCCCCCCAGGAUUGUGAGGGCCCCUGUGUGGAGGGCUGCGCCAGCCUCCCCGGCUACGCCUUCAGUGGAGCCCACAGCCUCUCCUUGGCUGAGUGCGGCUGCACCAGCAAUGGCAUCUACUACCAGCUGGGCCACAGCUUCGUGACUGGCGACUGCUCUCAGCGCUGCACUUGUGCGAGCUCGGGGGUGCUGCUGUGUGAGCCUUUCAGCUGCAGGCCUGGGGAGAUCUGCACCCUGGGCAACUUCACCCGAGGCUGCUUCCAGGAAAGCCCAUGCCUGCAGAACCCAUGUUGGAACGACGGGCGGUGUCGAGAGCAGGGGGCCGGCUUCACCUGCGACUGUGAGCCGGGCUACGGAGGGAACCUCUGCACGGAGCCCCGGGAAAUCGGACCCCGUGCCAGGCCAGACUUGUCCAACUUGGUGGCCGUCAUGCUGGGGCUGCUGGCAUCCCUGGCAGUCCUCGGGCUGGUGGCAAUCAGAAAAUGCGUCUCCAAAAAAAAGCGGCGGUUGAGGGAGAAGACGGAGAGCUCAAGCCGAGACUGGCUCCUAGGCACAGGGGAUCACCAGUCCCGGCGAUUAGUGCGCUGGCAGCCAAGAGCCCGGCCCACCUCUGACCCAGGUGUCCUCAAAACUAUCCAGUUCUGAACUGUCCCUGACCAAGAGAUCUAAUAAAGUUAUUUAUUUUUGA